CCUGUCCUCCUCUCCUCUCAGAGUUGCUCAGACUUGAGGGAGGAAUGGCGGCCCCUCGCACUUUCUUCAUCUCCCUCUCCUUCUUUCUGCUCCUCUAUGUUCCUCGUGGAUCUACGACCUCGGGCAGCAGGAGACCGAACCAGGAGAAAUGUGGCUUCAAGGUGCAGUCGGGGGCAGAUGGAGGUCGCAGGUUGGCCGUCACCUUCAGAGCUGACAACUGUUCAAUAAACUACCCACUGGGGAAACAUGUCAUCCACGAGGUCGCCAACGUCUCCUUCAGCCACCUGUCCUGUGACGAUCAGGCUGCUGUGGUGGUCCACUGGUCCCCAAGUCCACUAGGGAUCGAACACAUUAAAGGCUUCAGAGUUUAUCUGGAGGACAAGAAUCCAGAAGGGAAACAGUGUCAACAUCUCCUCCUCAAAGAUCCACGACAACUCAACUUCUCUUACAAGAGCACGAGGCUGAGCAGUCAGCCAUUCAGCGGUUUGACUUUCGACACUGACUACAUGGUUCGUGUUGUUCCUUUCCCGACUCUGAUGAACGAGAGUUUCUUCCCUCCGUCCUUCCUCAGGACCAAUUCGUGUGAAGUCCUCCUGGGAUCAGACAACUUAGUUUGCAAACCAUUCUGGAGGCCGAAGACCCUGAACGUGUCUCAGCUGGGCUCCAACCUCCACGUGGCGUUCGACCAGGCUCCGCCCUCCUUCGGCUUCCACUUCUACUACCUGUACUACAAACUGAGGCACGACGGACCUUUCAAACUGCAGCGCUGCAAACCAGACGUGAACCAGCUCAGAACCACAUGUGUCCUCCAGAACGUCACUCCAGGAACCUACACUGUAGAGCUGAGAGACGACAGUAACACGACCAGGAGGCAGACUCAGUACCACGUCAGCCAGGUCCACUCCCCCUGGGCGGGGCCUAUCCGUGCCAUGGCCAUCACGGUGCCUCUGGUCAUCAUGUCCGCCUUCGCCACUCUCUUCACGGUCAUGUGUCGCAAGAAGCAGCAAGAAAACAUCUACAGCCAGCUGGACGAGGAGAGCAGCGAGUCGUCCAAUCAAAGCGCAGCGCUGAACACGGAGCGGCCGUGGCCUCGACCCAAAGUCUUCAUCUGUUACUCCAACAGAGACUGUCCCAAACACACCGGCGUCAUCCAGAGCUUCGCCUACUUCCUGCAGGACUUCUGCAACUGUGAGGUUGUGUUGGACCUGUGGGAACAUCUGGAGAUGUGUAAAGAGGGUCAGAUGUCGUGGCUCAGCCGCCAGCUGGACGACGCCAACUUCAUCAUCACCGUCUGCUCCAAAGGCCUCCGCUACUAUGUGGAGAAGAAGAGUCGUAGAGGGAAGACGCCUGUCAGUCGCCGUAGCAACAGCAGCAGCAGCAGCAGCGCCCCGAUUGGUGGAUCUGGCAGUGACCUGUUUACGGUGGGCGUGGCCAUGGUCGCUGAAAAGCUGCGUAUGGCGAAGAAGAGCGAAGGGGGCGGGGAUCAGGAGCUGAACCGCUACAUGGCGGUCUACUUCGACUACUCGACAGAAAACGACAUCCCCACCAUGUUGAGUCUGGCCCCAAGGUUCAAGCUGAUGGACCAGCUGCCUCAGCUCUUCAGUCGGCUCCACUCCAGUCAGUCCAGCUUUGCCGACCGUGAGCAGCAGCCUCUCAACGUCUCCAGGAGGAACUACUUCAGGAGCAAGUCUGGACGCUCGCUCUACGUCUCCAUCUGCAACAUGCACCAGCACAUCAGCCAGAACCCCGACUGGUUCGAGAAGCAGCUGGCUCCCGCGGCAGCCUCCUCGGCCUCCUCCGGAGUCUCUUCCAAACAUUGUCCUCUCCCCACAGUCCCGGGUUCCAGUCCCCCAAAGACUCCCUGCUCCUCCUCCUCCUCCUCGCCGCAGCCCGAGCAGAGGUUUGACUCCGGUUUGGUGCUGAACGAGGUGUUGGUGAGGACGCCGUCGCUGGAGGGCGGGAAUGGAGGUCCGAAAAGGAACAUGCUCCUGCUGGCUUCGGGCUCCAGUCCCGCUCUCAAUCUCAGCCCCAGUCCUAGUCCUGGUCCUUGCCCCAGUCCUGGUCUCUGUCCCAGUCCAGGUCUGCCACACUGCUCUGUUUCUCUGCUGGGACCCGCUUCAAGGUCCAUCUCUGGAGUGUCUGGACUUUCACCCGAAGAAUCUUCUUCCUCCUCCUCUGCUCCAUCCAUCCUGCAGGAUGGGGUGUGUCCUGUCUCCACCCAGGCAGAGGAAGACCACCCCACCCCUCCAGAGCUCCCCCCUCCUCGAGAUUCAGGCAUCUACGAUUCAUCGGUCCCUUCGUCAGAGCUGUCCAUUCCCCUAAUGGAGGGACUGUCACAUGACCAGGCUGACUCCUCCUCCAUAGCCGACAGUGAAUCGUCCUCGUCAGGCCUGGGUGACGAGGAGCCGUCUGUUGUCACGUCGCUCCACUGCAGCGCGGCCACAGUUUGUAAAGCGGAGCUGCACCACCAUCACCACCUGGAGCACAGCGAGGGACUCGCUCCCGUGGCUUCGUUGUAGGAGGACGCCUCCCAGCCAAUGACAAGAGGACCAGCUCCGUGAUGUCGUCACGGGGACAAAAACACUGUGUUGGUCUCAGACUUGAACACUUUCUCAUGGGUGCUGUCAUCUGAUCGUCAUGGAAACAAAAACUGGAAUAAUUCAAAGGCCAUUGGAGAGUCUCCCGUUCUUCACGUUAUAAAACACUGAUCAUAAUUAUGGCACACACUUGGUUUCUGGAACGUUAUUCUGUGGUAACUAUGUUAACACUACAUCUUAAGCACUAAUCCCUGGCAGCCAUGGUAACCAGUGAGUUUUUUUUUAAAACUAGUCCCUGGGAAUUAUUGCAACCAAUGCAAUUUGCAACACUGGACCACGGUAACUAUGGUAACCACUGCAUCGUAGAAGACGAGUCCACAGCUUCCAUGGCGAGCAGCUCGUUCUACAGCUUCGGCUCCUGAGUUCUACAACAUCAUCGAGCUAGAACACCGGUCGGAGGAACCAGGACCUCGUCGAGUGAACCCGCUCAGACCGAAGACUCGACGCUGUGUCGGCCGAUUGUCAACUGACUCCUGAGUGGAUGUUGCUGAAACUUUGUUGUGGCACGUGGAGAUGUUCUGUGGUCACAUCCCUCAGGAUCGAAACAUCUCCUGAGAUUUGGAACGCCAGGAUUAUUAAUUAGAGAGUUAGAUCAGUCAUUUUAUGAAUACUGAGUUUUCCCUUUUAUAUGUUUUAACAUUAUUUUAAAUGUUUUAAACAGAAAUGUCGGCUCAGUAUUUGUUUAAGCAACAUGAGGACCACUGAAAUCAGCAGAAACACGCUAAUGUGAUUCUAACAUGUGAUUCUCAGCGUCAGAAUAUGCACCUCGAACUCCUUUGGCAGGUGGAGCCACUCCUACCACAUUAUAUACUGAGUACUUUGGUUACAUAUUUUAAAGUAUUGCAUUUAUAGUUCUAUAUGUCUGUAAGCUUUGUAAUCGUUUUCCUACCACUGUCGCAGGGACCAGAAGAACGAGGACAUCAUUUAAAACUAAACCACUUUCAAAAUAACAUUCCUGCCAGAACGAGACACAAAUAAUCCAGUUUGAGAUAAUACGUCGUAAUUUUGAUUUUAAAACAAAAAAACCAAACAGUUUUUCAUAUAUUUGUUUUUAAGCCACAUGUUGUCUCAGUCAUGGAUCCCAUCAACAUUUUUUCUUUCAGGAUCGGCAGCUGCCGUCAUUCACUUCUCAUCUGGAGCAAAAAACGUUUAUCAAAGUUUUGGUCUUUUUGUUUUCGAACACCAACAUUUGUGUUGCUACUUAAAACAACGUCUGGUUCAUCAGCAGCUCUGAGUGUAUUGGAAGGGAAGAUUCAGCAUUUCCUACUUGUAAAUGUUAUUUGUAUUUUUUUAUUAUAUAGUAUUGUUGUCUUGGAAAUGUCUUUUGUAUAGUUAGACUGUUAUUUUUCUACAUUUUCUAAAGAAAUGUACUGUUUUAUAGUACCUUAAUGUAGGAAACAAAUAAAUCCAUCUAA